UGGAAGUGAUGUUAGAGCCAAAACGUCGUCGCAUGUUUACAACGCAGAUAAACACAGUUUCUCAAAAACCCUAGUUCUUCUCACACUCUCAUCCAAACCCUCUCUUUCACUCUCUCUCCACCAAUGGAAACCCCUUCCGAGGCACCAUCCGCCGGCACCGGCGAAACCAUAAGCAAGAAUGCGCUGAAGCGGGAACUGAAGAACAAACAGAGAGAAGAAGAAAGGAAGCGCAAGGAAGAAGAGAAGGCCAAAAAGGCAGCUGAAAUGCAGAAGGCAAAGGAUAACAAAUCUGCACCAGCUGAUGACGAGGAUAUGGACCCAACACAAUAUCUUGAAAAUAGGUUGAAGUAUCUUUCAGCUCAAAAGACAGAUGGGAAGAACCCGUAUCCUCACAAGUUCUUUGUCACUAUGGCUAUUGGGGAGUACAUUAAGGAAUAUGGAGGUUUAAGCGAUGGGCAGCAUGCCGAGGAUGUCUCUGUUUCUUUGGCUGGUCGCAUCAUGCACAAGCGCACUUCUGGUUCUAAGCUUGUCUUUUAUGACCUGCAUGGUGGUGGCUUCAAGGUCCAGGUUAUGGCUGAUGCGAGUAAAUCAAACUUAGAUGAGGCUGAAUUUUCUAAAUUCCACUCUAAUGUGAAGCGUGGUGACAUAGUUGGUGUCACGGGUUUUCCAGGAAAAAGUAAGAAGGGUGAACUUAGUAUUUUCCCCAAGAAUUUUGUGGUGCUGUCUCAUUGUUUGCAUAUGAUGCCAAGGCAAAAGUCUGCUGCUGCUGCUGUUGAUAAUGCAAAUUUGAAGAAAAGUCCAUGGGUUCCAGGAAAUGCUAGGAAUCCUGAAACAUAUAUUUUGAAGGAUCAGGAAACUAGAUAUCGACUUCGCCAUUUGGAUUUGAUGCUUAAUCCAGAGGUUCGAGAUAUAUUUAAGACCAGAUCUAAAGUCAUUUCUUACAUUAGGAGGUUCCUUGAUGACCUUGAUUUCUUGGAGGUUGAAACCCCUAUGAUGAACAUGAUUGCUGGUGGAGCUGCUGCACGUCCAUUUGUAACACAUCACAAUGACCUUAACAUGAGGUUAUUCAUGAGGAUUGCCCCUGAACUGUAUCUUAAGGAGUUGGUUGUUGGUGGACUGGAUCGUGUUUAUGAAAUUGGUAAACAAUUUAGGAAUGAGGGCAUUGAUUUGACUCAUAAUCCCGAGUUUACUACUUGUGAGUUCUAUAUGGCUUACAAGGACUACAAUGACUUAAUGGAUAUAACAGAGCAAAUGUUAAGUGGUAUGGUUAAGGAACUUACCAAAGGCAGCUAUAAAAUCAAGUAUCAUGCAAAUGGUGUUGACAAGGACCCUAUUGAAAUUGACUUUACUCCACCUUUUAGAAGGAUUGAUAUGAUUGAAGGAUUAGAGCAGAUAGCCGGACUAAGUAUUCCUAAGGAUUUGUCGAGUGAGGAAGCUAAUCAGUAUUUAAAGGAUGCAUGCUUGAAGUUUGAGAUUAAAUGUCCCCCUCCAGAGACAACAACUCGUUUGUUGGAUAAACUUGUGGGUCACUUUUUGGAAGAAACUUGUGUAAAUCCUACAUUCAUCAUAAACCAUCCCGAGAUAAUGAGUCCUUUAGCGAAGUGGCACAGAUCAAAACCAGGCCUGACCGAACGAUUUGAAUUGUUUGUUAAUAAACAUGAACUUUGCAAUGCGUAUACCGAAUUGAAUGACCCUGCAGUACAACGACAAAGAUUUGCUGAACAACUCAAGGAUCGGCAAUCUGGUGAUGAUGAAGCAAUGGCCUUGGAUGAAACAUUUUGUACGGCUCUGGAAUAUGGUUUACCACCUACUGGUGGUUGGGGCUUGGGCAUUGAUCGGUUGACCAUGUUGCUGACAGAUUCACAGAAUAUUAAGGUUUCUACUCUUUCUCUAUCUGCAUGUUAUUUUGUUUCAGAAUUUCUCACCAUGUUCUGUCUUCUUGGUGACAGGAGGUUCUUCUCUUCCCUGCGAUGAAACCUCAAGAUUGAAUCUUCUACCAAAUGUGUUUAAAUUAGUGAAAUCAUCAUACACAGGUACGUUCUGCGUUAACGUGACUGAUAAUUUGCGUGUGACUUUUGGCCGCCUUUUAAAUGCCAAGUAUUUCCAGGAAAAGUUCGAGCUUGGUACACUGCAUAAUUUGUAGCCACUACUGAUAUUGUUAAUCUUUGUUAUUGAUUUUGAGUAUACAACCCCAGUAAUAAUAGCAGUUUAGUCGACCGUGGAACAGCUGCUACAUAAUGAUGGCAGAAAGAAAGCAUAUUAAUUCCCAAUACAAGCAUAAUAAAAAUGCUCAAAAAGCUUCAACUAUUCAUCCUCACAACCCAGAAGUUAUAUCUUGUUGACUCAAUGAUCAUUGAUACGAGGUUUAAUUAAACAAUUAGAAAAAAUAACGCGGGCUGGGUCUCGGUUGGGGAGGACUAUGAAACAGAUAUUUAACAGAUAAUGUCCUCCCUCUUAUGCGCCAAAUUAAGCAACAAAAAGGGGUGGGCAAGAGAGUAGGCCGGCUGUACCAUGAACUUAAGAAAUCAAGUCAGUUUUUGUUCUUUUUCUUUUUUUUUCCUGAAACAUGCAAUUAGGUGGCUGUUGUCUGUGUAAUUUUGAAAAAAAAAAUGUUUCUGAUUGUAAGCGAAGGGUGGGAUUAAGGGACACGGGCGGUCUGGCACGAAGUUGGGCUACUAAAUCUGAAAAUUAGUUUCCUUGUAGCAUGCGCAUCAGGUCAUAAGAACAAAUAAUUCGAACCAUGGAACCAGAUAUGUGAUUUUGGUGUGGGCAGAGUGACAUUUUGUGCGUUCGAGUGAACAUGGAACCUAACUCUAAUUCAAAAAGAAAGUUUAAACGGAUUGCAAUCUCUAGAAAUGCACUCCCUAUUGAUCAUAGUAUAGCACUAUUGGUAUUGGCAGCAGUCUAGCUCAAUCACAGUGUACCACUAUCAGCCGCAAUUGAUAAGUUUGAUAAUUCAGUUCAGUACAUUUUUUAAUGAAAAGGACACUAGAGACAAUUUAUAUUUUUUAUUCAAUAUAUCCACGAAGAAUUUCCGGUAGUUAAUUCCUAUCUAGUAUAAACGGUAAUGUUUCCUCUGCCGGUAUUGAUUAGCGUUGAUGUAUGAAUUUUCAGUUAUGCUACUGGUAUUGGAUAUAAUUAUAAUAACCUUUUUUUGGUGUUUAAGUAUUUCCUUUUUUUCUCUAUCUGUUUCAGGAACAUUAAAAAGCAAGAUGAUUAAUUUGGUAUCUCAGUUUUGAUUUAUGUAUUUGAUUAGUGGACUUAUGACGAACUGGUCAUGCAUCGUUUCGCAGUUGAUCUAUCCUGUAAGGGCGGUUGGGGAGGGGGCAUUGAUAUAUUUUAUCUUUUGGUGGUUGGAUUAAAUGUGAUGUCAUAUACUAGCUUAUUUAUUACACAUUUAAGAUUCGAAACAAUUUUUUAGUACA